AUUUGAAGAUUUGAUGGUAAUUGGCAUUGGAGAGUGGUCAAGGUCAAGCACAAGAAGACUUCGUCUCAGUUGCCACCCUUACCCACCUACCUUCCCUCUGGAAUCGCCAUUUCUAUUUCUCUCUAAUUACUGAAUUUCAUUUCAUUUCAAUUUCAAUUUGUUGGCUUGUAGCGUUGGAUGGGAACUCCAGAAUUCCCAGAUCUGGGAAAGCACUGUGCUGUCUCUGAUUGCAAGCAGAUUGAUUUCUUGCCCUUCACCUGCGAUCGCUGCAACCAGGUGUAUUGUUUGGAGCACAGAAGUUACAUUAGACAUCAGUGUACAAAAGCUGACAAGCUAGAUGUCACUGUAGUUAUAUGUCCCCUUUGUGCCAAAGGAGUUCGCCUAGUUCCUGAUCAAGAUCCAAACAUAACAUGGGAGAAUCAUGUUAACACUGAGUGCGACCCAUCAAAUUAUGAGAAAGUCACAAAGAAGAAAAAAUGUCCUGUUCCUGGAUGCAGAGAGAUCUUAGUAUUCUCAAACACAAUUAAGUGCAGGGACUGCAAUGUGGACCAUUGUUUGAAGCAUCGGUUUGGACCUGAUCAUAAAUGCCCCGGGCCUAAAAGGUUGGAAACAAGUUUUUCAUUCAUGAGUCUUUUGAAUAGGAGCAGAAAAGAGGAGCCUAAACCCAAUUCAAGUUCAACCUCAACAUCAUCGAAGUGGACUGCAAGCUUUCUGAAUGCAGCUUCUAACAUUCGAGCUUCAGCUGAGGCUGGCAUGUCAAAGUUGAGUGGUGAAAUCAACCAGGCCUGGCAGACAUCAAGGGAUAGCGCAGGACAGAGCCGUAGCAAUGGUCAAGUGGAGCAAUGCCCUCAAUGUGGUGCGAAGUUUUCCUCGGUUACCACUUUGGUGGACCAUGUGCAAAAGGUUCAUGAAAGGGGUGGCAACCGAUCUGGAGCGAAGGUUACAAUUGAUGUUUGUCCUAAGUGUAGCAGAGGAUUUCGAGACCCUGUUUCACUUGUUGAGCAUGUUGAGAGGGAUCAUGGAGGUAGCUCUAGAGCAUAGGGGUGGAGUUGAUAUUGGAUGAAUUUUAAUUUGAAAAAAUUGCAGUUUCUACAACAAAUAGCAUUCUUGUGCCCCAUUUUAUAGCAACGAAGUGUGAAUAACUGAAUAUGAAACAGAUGGAAUCAUAGAAAUUACUCGAUUACUUUUUCAAUAUUAGUUUAAAAGAUUCUUCUUUCAUGCUUUGAAUAACACUGACCGUUUGAAUUGACACUUACAUCAGAUUUGGGCAUGGCCAGUCCUGCAGGAAUCGCAAAUUUGGCAU